CCUAUCCUCCUAUCGAUCUUCCUUUUGUUUGUCUAUAUAGGCAUACAUCGAAAACUUUGUCCUCCGCAUACCGUUCUGUCCCAAACACUCCUGCUUCAACCUCAGGGCUGCGUUUUCACAGCUUUUUGGGAGUCUGGAUAAUUUUUCCAGAAAAUUUUGUAGCUUGUUGAGUUGUAAAGCCAGGAAAUGGCUGGGGCAACCGGAGGAAGGUCGCUGGAGCAGACGCCGACAUGGGCUGUUGCUGUAGUUUGUUUUGUUUUGGUGUUGAUUUCUAUUAUCAUUGAGUACAUCAUUCAUCUCAUUGGAAAGUGGUUGAAGAAGAAACACAAGAAAGCUCUAUAUGAAGCGCUGGAAAAGGUCAAAUCAGAGCUAAUGCUGCUAGGGUUCAUAUCCUUGCUCCUAACAGUAGGACAAGGUCUGAUAUCGACUAUAUGUAUAUCAAAGAGUGUUGCAGCAACUUGGCAUCCAUGCAGCAAGUCUGAAGAAGAGACGAGCACAACGACUGAAGAAUCAGACACCGAAUCCGAUAAUAGACGGAAACUUCUCAGCAUAUCGGGUUUUGGUGGAGGCAGCCGACGCGUUUUGGCGGCAGCUGAAGAAGACAAAUGUUCAGCUAAGGGUCAAGUCCCAUUUGUGUCGUCGGAUGCUAUUCACCAACUGCACAUAUUCAUCUUCGUACUGGCCAUUUUCCAUGUCCUUUACUGCAUCUUAACCCUGGCUUUGGGCACAGCUAAGAUGAGAAGGUGGAAGGCAUGGGAAAAGGAAACAAGAACAGUCGAGUACCAGUUCUCCCACGAUCCGGAGAGGUUCAGGUUUGCCAGGGAGACGUCGUUUGGAAGAAGGCACUUGAGUUUCUGGACCAAGACACCCUUUCUCAUCUGGAUAGUAUGUUUCUUCAGACAGUUCGUUAGGUCCGUUCCAAAAGUUGACUACUUCACCUUAAGACAUGGAUUUAUCAUGGCACAUUUGGCACCUCAAACCCAUGCAAAAUUUGAUUUCCAAAAAUAUAUCAAUAGAUCGCUGGAGGAGGAUUUCAAGGUGGUUGUGGGUAUCAGUCCACCAAUAUGGUUCUUUGCCGUGCUAUUCCUUCUCCUCAACACUCAUGGCUGGUACUCUUAUCUAUGGCUGCCAUUCAUCCCACUGAUUGUUAUCCUAUUGGUGGGAACCAAGUUACAGGUGAUCAUAACCAAGAUGGGGCUUAGAAUUCAAGAAAGGGGAGAGGUUGUGAAGGGAGUGCCGGUUGUUCAGCUUGGUGAUGACCUCUUCUGGUUCAAUCGCCCUCGCCUCGUUCUCUACCUCAUCCAUUUUGUGCUCUUUCAGAACGCAUUUCAGCUGGCUUUCUUCGCAUGGACUUGGUAUGAAUUCGGGUUUAAGUCUUGUUUCUAUGCACACACUGAAGAUGUGGUGAUCAGGAUUUCCAUGGGGGUCAUCAUACAGAUUCUUUGCAGCUACGUAACUCUCCCGCUCUAUGCCCUGGUGACACAGAUGGGUUCAACCAUGAAGCCAACGAUCUUCCAUGAGAGAGUAGCCACGGCUCUAAGGAACUGGCACCACACGGCUAAGAAAAACAUCAAACACAACAAGCAUUCUGGGCUAGCCACACCCAUCUCAAGUAGGCCAACAACGCCUUCCCACGGCACGUCCCCUGCUUACCUCUUGCGCUACUACCGGAGCGACAUGGACAGCCUCCAAGCAUCCCCGAGAAGGUCCAACUUGGACAUGGAGCAUUGGGAGACUGAUGGGUCCCCCUCCCCCUCGCACCCGCACCAUGGUGACGGCUCCUCCUCUCACCACAACCAGCUCCACCAAGGAACGUCCUUGGAACAUGAUAGAGACAUCAGCGCGCCUAGCUCCUCCCAAGUGGUUCCUCUUCCACAACCCACUCCCCACCAACACGAAAUCGAUGUUGUGCGCAAGGACUUUUCAUUUGAUCGAAGAGAGAGGACGUGAUUGAUGGGCCGUGGAGAUUGAAUUUUCCCCCACGGAUACGAGGCUGAUGGCAUGGAAUCAUCAGAAGCCUUUGAUUUUGCAACACCUUGUAAAUCAUAGCGCUCGUUCUACAGCGUUCAAGUUAUUCGUCUUUUGCCUCUAUUAUUUUGUAUGAAAUUAAUAUACAUAUUUUGUUACUGUACGUAAACGACAUUUCUGCAAUCAAACGCAACGGUGAAAUGUAGAAACGUUGUGAUGACUAAUAUACAUAUAUAUAUACAUGAAAUUCAAAUUUUGAAUUU